AUGGCCAAGAACAAACUAAGAGGGCAGAAGUCCAGGAAUGUGUUCCACAUAGCCAGCCAAAAAAGCUUUAAGGUUAAAAAUAAAGCAAAACCAGUUACCACUAAUCUUAAGAAGAUAAACAUCCAGCAUCAUGAAAACAAACCAGUUGAUGAAGCUACAAGAUUAAUGGCUCAGUUGUAA